AUGUCUCGCAAUGAGAAGGGGAGCUUCGAUCCGGUCAAGGAGCCACAGGCACAAAACUUACCAGGGUACGCUGCCGUAGAUAUUAUUCGUGUGAAUCACACAGCCGUGCUAACCGAGGCCAGAUUGGAGAAAGAUAUGAAUCCCUCGAGCGAGACUACAGCUCUCGAGGGUAAAACCCGGCACCAUGAGUACCUGGCAGCUGGCAAGCUGAAAGGUAACAAGGCGUUCAUCACCGGCGGCGACUCUGGAAUCGGUCGAUCGGUGGCCGUGCUUUUUGCGCGUGAAGGAUCUGACGUCACCAUUGUGUAUCUGCCCGAGGAACAAGAUGAUGCAGAGGAGACGAAGAAGAUGGUAGAGAAAGAGGGCCAGGAGUGUCUCCUCAUUCCCGGCGAUUUGAUGGACAACGAGACCUGUCGAAAGGCUAUCGAGAAGCACGUUGAGAAGUUUGGCAAAGUUCAUGUCCUCGUGAAUAAUGCCUCGAAGCAGAUCAUGUGCCAGGAUAUUACCGAGAUCGAUCUCGAUGAGGUUGAGAGUACUUUCAGAAGUAAUAUCCUCCAAAUGUUUGCCGUCACCAAGUAUGCGGUACCGCACAUGGAGAAAGGUGGAUCCAUCAUCAACACUACCUCUACUGUUGCGUUCCGAGGCACCAAGAGCAUGGUUGACUACGCAGCCACUAAAGGCGCCAUCACAUCUUUCACUCGAUCUCUGGCUAAGCAGCUCAUCGAAAAGGGCAUUCGAGUAAACGCAGUUGCUCCUGGCCCUGUUCACACUCCUCUCCAACCAGCCUCGCGACCUGCCGAGCAGAUGGAGGGAUUCGGUGAGACAUAUCAGCUUGGACGCCCAGACGAUGACGCUUUCUGA